GCGAGCCACCGCCCGACGUUUUAGGAGACGCGGGGCUGCCCGCGCGCCCGCGACCCGUCCGAAGCCGGAGCCCGCGCAGCGCCCCACCGCGCGAUUUCUAGGGCACCGAGGGGCUGCCCGCGCAAGGCCAAGACCAGGGCCGCAAGAUGGUCGUCGACGAGAGCCUCUUCGGCCGCAAGACGAAGACCAAGGGCCGCGGCGGCGCGCUGCCCGCGCGCGCGGCCGUCAUCUCGGCGGCCGAGCUCCGGCGCAUCCAGGGGAGCACGAGGAUCAUCACCGCGGCCGAGAUCCAGAAAGAUAAGGACGAGUUGGAGGCCAUCCACGCCGUGAAGCACAAGGCGGCGCGGGCGCGCAAGGACCGCAUGCGCGCGCUCGCCGCGGCCUCCAAGAACAAAGCGAAGAAGAGCACGAUGGAGCUCGAGAAGGAGGCGCGGAAGGAGACCAUCCGGCAGAUGGCCGACAAGACGCUGGAUGAGAACCUGGACUUGGUGAAAUAUUUGAGAGGCAUCGGUGCGCGAGCGGCCGCCUUCACGAUCCGAGACCAGCAGCUCAACGAACGCGGCGCGAAGGAAGCGAGGCAAAAGGCCUACGAAGAUCGCAUGGACCUGUUGAUGGAGGUCGACCGGUUGCGCGACCUGAAGCAGCGCGAGGACGCCGACAACCUGCGGAGGAAGAAGCGAGUCGAAGAUAGGAAGGUCAUCACGGAGCAGAUCGACGCCAUACGGCGGAAGAGGAUCCUCGAGGAGGAGCAGCGCGAGCAGGAAUCGAAGGCCAUGCUCGAGUUGAUUGCGAAGUACGAAAAAGAAGAUCAGGAGGCCGCCGCGAUCCAAAAGGUGGAGCAGGAGCGCGCGCGCAUGGAGGUCAUGGAGGCGAACAAAGCGAGUAUUGAGCGGAAGCACGCCGAGAAGCAGCGCGACCGGGACGAGGAGGAGGCCAUUCUACUCUAUCAAGCUCGAAAAGACGAGCUCAUGCGCAAGCGCGAGCAGGAGGAGAAGGAGAUCCAGGACGAGAAGAACCGACUCGCGAAAGCUAUGUUGGACUCGCAGGAAAAGAUCAUGGACAAUUCCGCGGAGUUGGAUGCGUUGCGCGCGCGGCGCUACGCCGAAGCGAAAGAACGAGCCGCGCGCGAGGCCGUGCUCAAGAAGGAGACGUGGCGCAAGAACCUGGCCGAAAGUGUGCACAAGACGUUAGGGGACCAGAUCGAGGACAAGAAGCGGCGCCAGGCGCGCGAGGCCGCGCUCCAGGAACGGGAACACAACGAGUGCCUGCGCUACGCGAACAAGGUUCAAGAUAGAGAGGCGAUCGAGAACGAGCGGAAGCGCCAGAUCAACGAAGAAUUCAAAAGAACGCUCAACGAGCAGAUCGCGGCGGCGCGCCGCGGCCGCACGGACAAGUUCCAGCAGGCCCAGGACGAGGGCCGGGCCAUGCGCAACGAGUUCGCCAUGGAGCGCGCCAAGCUCGAGGCCAUCCGCGACGCCAUGAUCGAGGACAUGCUCAAGCGGGGCUACAACCCCAACUACCUCAACGAGAUCCGCAACUGCGACAUCCAGAAGAUCCAGAUGCGCUAGACUAUCUCGGGGAGGGGUAAGGU